CUCUGGAGUCCUGCAUGAUAAUUUUGCAAAAUAUUAGAUCAUAAAGAGUGUAAUUAGUAGUGGUGUAGUAUAAAUGUGCUUGCAAAAUUAGUAAUAGUUCUGAACCUCAGAGAAGUUGAUUGGUUACUUUUCCACCCUCACUUACCUUAAAUUCAUUGGCUCACUGACAUUUUUAAUGUAGAGGAGAAUACUGAAGAACAGCGAACACUUUUAAAGCAUAGAAAUGAAUCACCAUUCAAUGCAUUAAGAAAUUCCUUUAAAAAUGAAGAUUACACUUUUGGUUCUCUACAGUUUUCAUGCGGGCUGUUGCAUUCCAUUUAUUCAAAAUGGUGAACAAAUUAAAAAACCUUCAGCACAGUUUGCUCCAAGGCAUGCAUAUCCACUUUUCUACCCAAGGUAUCAACCCAGGCUUCCACCAUUAGUAUAUCCUAGAUGGCCCACUUACCCUCCAGUGCCUGUACCCAGACCAGCAGUUCCUCCUGUAAUUGUAAUAUCACCCAGAUCUUCAGGCCCCUCCACUCGUGGCGGUAUUCCAUUACCAGGAGGCACACCCAGUUCAGGGAUUGGAGGAACGUCUCCUGCAUCGCCUCCUUCCCCCGCACCAAUACCUGUGCCAGUACCAGUGCCCGUGCCCAUGCCAGUACCAAGACCUGCUCCACCCACUGCUCCUGCUAUAAGACCUGCUCCUGCCCCUGUUUCUCUGCCAGCACAGCAGAGUCCCCAAAUUAUUGUUCUUCCUCAAGCACCAGCCCCACCUCGUCCUUCACCACCAUCAAUUAUAUUUUUACCACCUACUGUUAUAUCAAGAGCAGGUGGAGGCUCUGGAGGCAAUGGGGCUGCACGUGGAUCUAGGCCUGGAAUAAAUGGGUUAGGGCCAGGACCCGGGACUGGAACAGGUCCUCUUUUUGGACAGGCAAUUGGUCCAGGGCCUGGAACUGGUCCAGCACCUGGAUUUGGUCCUGCACCUGGAUUUGGUCCAGGUGGCUCUGUCUUUUCUGGUGGUGGCAGUGGUCCUGUACAACCAGUAGCACAGGUGCCUAUACCUGCACCACCCCCUGCUCCUAUUUUCAUAUUUCCUUUUAUUCCACCAGAAUCUGGACGAUUCUCAGAUGGGCCUCGUCAACCAAUAGCAGCACCAACUCCAGCCCCUUCACCAGCCCCAGCCCCAGCCCCUGUUAUUGUCAUAUACCCACCAACUGAAAAAGAUGCCAAUGGACUCAAUGGCCAGAUUCCAGGACAAGCAUUUCCUCCUGCAAUACAACCACCACCACAACCCCCACCAUCUCCUCCUCCUCCUCCUCCUCCUCCUCCACCACCACCAAUAUUUAUUUUUCCUCCUGCACCAGCACCACCACCACCACCACCUGCACUGGCACCUGCUCCUUCCACGGGGGCUGCAGGUAUUCCUUCAUUUUUGCCUCCACCAGCCCCUGCCCCUGCUCCUGCCCCUUCUGUUUUCAUAUUUCCACCACCUAGUCCUUUACCAGAAGAUCCAGUUCCCCCACCUGUCCCUCCAGCACCAUCAGGAGAAGGAGAUGCCUCUGGUACAGAUCCCUUAUUUCCCAUUGCUCCUGUAUUUGUUUUUCCACCACCAGCUCCUGUUCUAACACCAUCUACCUCAGACCCAUCUGAAGGAGAAACACUGUCUCCAGUAUCAGCAUCUCCAUGUCCCUUCUCUGGCUUAGCUCCAUCCCCAAGCCCAGUACCUGCUCCCAUUCCUGCUCCAGCUCCGACAAUAUUUAUUUUUCCCCCACCAUCAGGUCCUGAAGCUAGUCCAGCAGGUCCAGAUUUUACUGAUGCUGCCCAUUUAUUUCCUGCACCAUCUCCCCCAGCUCCAGGCGCUCCUAUAUUUAUUUUUCCUGAUUCACGUGGUGACUUAGAUGGGCCAGUCUAUGGCAAUGAAGAGUAUGGCUUCCCUGUGGAUUCAGGGUAUCCAGUUAUAUCACUUGGAAUGUUGAAGUCACCCAAAACACCUCCUUCAACAUCUAAAAUGAAACGCUCCUAUGUGUGGAAUAAGUUAGUUCAAGCUCCAAGCGAAAAACAAAUGCCUUCAUUAAAACUACAUUCCACAGUAACUGGAAAACAGCAAAAAAUGGCUUAAAGAUGUGUCUUAGCAGCAAUUCCUCCUCCAGACGUUUCAUGCAUAAUGGUGCAUAAGCAAUCUAAAGAUGCUGAAGAUUAAGUUUUGCUGUUAACUUUGCACAGACCUGGCAUAAUUUUAAGAGUGAAAUUGUGCUUGACAAAGAAACCAGCUAAAUUAAAUAAAUAUCAGGCAUUGGAUGUUAAUCAAUCUGUAACUUCAUGGAACAUUUAUCACUAUAUCAUUACUGUUAACAUAAAGAUAACUAACUUGUUGAAAAAUUAAUCAUUAAGAAAUGCUAAGAGUGUCUGUAAACUCAAAU